UUUCCUCCUUAAGCCCAGUGCUCUAGGGACCGCAGCCCUCCCGUUGCCCGGUACGACUCUGCCCACGAGGCUGUUGUAGCUCGGCUCCUGCCUUCCCGCAGCCUCCGCGACUCCUCCCAGGAAGUGGCGGCUGCGGCUGAAGCGGCUGGGAGAGGGGCCGAGGCCAGCAUGUGUGCCAAGGCAGCCUGGGCGGCCGCGGCAGAGUGUCACGGCGUAAAGCAGCGGGGCCCAGCUUGAUGUCUGUGCCCUUAGGAGGGAGACAGCAGGAGCUGUGGAAUGCUCAGGAGAGUGAGACUGUCUCUGCGUCACUUGCUGGAAAGGAAGAGCAGCGUUGGAUACAGCUCAUACUCCAGCAAGGCAAAAAUGUCGAGGCCAGUGCAAGCUCGGAGGCUGGAGGGAAUAGAUCAGAAUAUCUGGGUGGAGUUUGUAAAACUGGCUGCUACCUACUCCACAGUGAACCUGGGCCAGGGCUUCCCUGACUUCCCCCCGCCGGACUUCCUGAAGGAGGCGUUUGUGAGAGCCCUGAGUGGAGAGAACCACAUGGUGCACCAGUACACCCGGGCCUUUGGCCACCCACCUCUGGUGAAGAUCCUCGCCCAGUUUUUUGGGAAGCUGCUUGGACGGGACAUGGAUCCUCUGACCAACGUGAUGGUGACUGUGGGGGCAUACCAGGCUCUCUUCUGCUGCUUCCAGGCUUUUGUUGACGAAGGCGACGAGGUGAUAAUCAUUGAGCCCUUCUUUGACUGCUAUGAGGCAAUGGUGAAAAUGUCUGGUGGGAAACCCGUGUACGUCCCGCUGAGACCGAAAGCUCCAGAAGGUGGAAAAAUGAUGUCUAGUGCAGACUGGCAGCUGGACCCAGCUGAACUGGCUUCUAAAUUCAGCAAAAAGACAAAAGUCAUCGUCCUGAAUUCCCCCAACAACCCUCUGGGCAAGGUGUUCAGCCAAGGGGAGCUGGAGUUCAUUGCAGGCCUGUGUGUGAAACACGACGUCCUGUGCAUCAGCGAUGAGGUGUACGAGUGGCUGGUGUACGACGGGAAGGAGCACGUCCGCAUCGCCAGCUUGAGAGGGAUGUGGGACCGCACAGUGACCAUUGGGAGCGCUGGGAAGACCUUCAGUGCCACUGGAUGGAAGGUGGGCUGGACUGUGGGACCCAACCACCUGAUGCAGCACGUCCGGACCGUGCACCAGAACUCGGUGUACCACUGUGCCACAGCUGCCCAGGACGCCGUGGCUCAGGGAUUCCAGAGGGAGUUUGAGCUCCAUGGGAAACCAGACAGCUACUUUGUCCAACUGCCCAAGGAGAUGCAGCAGAAGAGGGACUGGCUGGUCCAGAGCCUGGAUGCUGUGGGGAUGAAACCUAUCGUCCCUGAGGGCACCUACUUCUUGGUGGCAGACAUCUCCAAGUUCAAAUCUGACGUCCCUGAUGUCCCUGACUCCCAUGAGCCCUACGACUCCAGAUUUGCAAAGUGGAUGGUCAAGAACAAGGGACUUGCAGCCAUCCCACUCUCCACUUUCUACUGUGAGGCCCACAAGAACAAGUACAACCACUUCAUCCGCUUCUGCUUCGCCAAGGAGGAGGCCACGCUGAAGGCAGCAAAUGACAUACUGCAAAAAUGGAAACAGGAGAAAACUAGUCCCUGAGCUCACUGGAGAGAAAACGUCUCCUUGGUCCUUUUCUUUUGUUUGGCUACAGACUUUGUCACAUCCUUCUUUUUGAGCUUCCAACUGCGUUUUCUGUCAGACAAAUGGUCAAGAAGAGGUUUGCCAGGCCCAGGGGCCACUCUUGUCACUGUGAAAUUAUCACCUUCUUCCUUGCAAAAAGGGAGUCUUCACACCCACUGCCAGGAUUUGAUGUUUCUUCUUAUUAAAGACUUAGCUAAUUAGUUCUGUGAUGCACUCAGCAAGACAUGAGGUCAGGUUGGCUCCUGGAGUCUUUAUCACUGCCAAAUCCUGAAAAGGUGUUUCAGGCUGUACCUUCAAGGCCAUGCUGUGGAGGGGUCUCUCUUGCUGGCUUGUCUUGCUCCAUGUACCCCAGGGUACAGGACAGUAUUUCCACCACCAUCCAUCUGUAGGUUGAUUCCUACGACCCUGAAAACGAUCAACACAGUGAAAUGCUGUUUCCCAUCAUUAACAAUGUUCCUGUUCUUCUUUCUGUGCAUCCCUGGGGAAGGGGGCCACAGAAUCAAUACCUGGCUCCCCCAAGGAAAUGGGCUUUCUUAAAUAACCCAGUUAUUGCCAAACCUUCCCUGUGCACAGCCCCUAAACCAGCCCUGGCACCUGGUCAGGGCCUGACAGCAUUGCCUAGGCUGCAAAGCAAGACCUUCAGGCCUUUGACAAGCAGAUGCAGCAUCUGGGAAUGACUGGCACAACGGCCUGGGACUGCUCCUGCUGCUGGUGGCCCCACAGUCUUCUACCCACUGGGGCUGGUGAGGGAACACAAACAGCAUUUUCAAAGGUAAUUCAUGAUUUCGUCCUGGAUUAAGAACGUAAGGCAGGACCAGGCACCCUGCAGGAACUGUGAGCAACAGCCUGUGCCAGAAGGGGUGGGGUGGUUAAAUUAUUAAAGAUUAAUUACUGCAAUUA